UUCUAAUCCAAUCCGUACGUGGCAUAGCACAUAUACCUAGCACCACCGUGCGUUUCCAGCCGGACGAGAUCUAGCAAGCCUCCGGCGAGAUCAGUCGACACCAGGUUCUGGCCGGAAAGCAAUCGGCACAAAGCCGCAAGCUUGUGCUACGAACGCGCUCUCGCCGGAAAAGUCGGUUAUGAUGGUCGUCCCCGCGGCGGCAUCUCCGAAUCUUUACUUGCUCGACCUCGUGAAAACCGGCCGCAGGUUCAUCGACCGUGGCCUCGUUCUCGCGGACGGCCAGGUGGACAACAUCUAUCUCCCUGUCGACACUUUCAAGCUUCUGCGAAUCGAUGACAGUGUUGAGUACAAGAACGUCGGCGACAUCAAGGUGGUCGACAGGAGCCACCUGUAUCCUGGACAGGUGGUUGGGUCGGCAUCCGACAUGGGCGGCCAGAUCGGCGUCGUCACCGGCGUCAACACCAUGCUCAGCCUAGCCAAGCUCGACAACAACGGCGUGCCGGCCAAGGUCAUCAGGGGGGUGUCCCCGUCUAGCCUGCGGCGCGUCAGGAGCAUCAACCUUGGAGACUUUGUCGUGUCCGGGCCGUGGCUCGGCCGUGUCGUCGAGGUGUCGAUCGACGUCGAUGUGUUGUUCGAUGACGGAGCUGUUUGCAGGAUCACCGACGCAGAGUCUACGAACCUGGCGAGAGUGCAUGAAAGCGGCACCAUGGUGACCAUGCAUCGCCGCCAAAUGAACAGUGUAUUGCACCAGGGGCAGCACGUCACCUUGCCAGGCGCUUGUUCACUCUUCAAGGAUGCUCGCUGGCUUAAUGGCUACUGGCAUCCUUACCGACAAGUAGGCACCAUCAUGAAGGUGGAGACGGCCGGCAUCCUCGUCUACUGGGUUGCAUCCAGACAUUGUGGCACCGACAAGGGGCUAGUGGAGGCAUCCGCUCCUCCAGCCUACCAGAACCCAGAUGAUCUUACGUUCUUCUGCGCCUCAUACAAUUGCUGCUGGGGGCUUGCUGACCGUUGUUUUUUUCUAGAAACUAGUUCCACCAAAGAGGAUCAAGCUUGUGCUCCUGAUCAACACGAUGGUGACGAUGAUGAUUAUGAUGAUGAUGAUAAAGAUGAUGAUGAUGAUGAUAAAGAUGAUGAUGAGGCAGAGGAGGACGGGGAGAAGGAAUACAACGCAUGCUCAGAAGACAAUCAAGAGGUGUGUGAUGGAUCAACCUCUCAGGUGGUACCACCCACCGAGCAGAAGGAUGCGGGGUUUUAUCGGAAGCAGCUAAGGAAGGUCGUCUUUGAGGGCCAUAGACGAGCGCAACGGCCACAAGUCAUGAGACAUGUCGAGGUGGAGUUUCCAAUGGUCGUCGCCGACACCUGCACCACCGUCGAUGUGUUGUGGCAGGAUGGCACACGACAACAUGGCAGACGUUCAGCGACCGUCGUUCCCUUUGGGAUCUGGAAUGAGCAAGAGUUCUUCCCGGGACAGCGUGUUGUCGCCAACGUUCUUCCUAUUAGCGCUGCCGUUGAAGCUACUGGUGACCAUGAUGAUGUGACAACUACUAGCGUCAACAAUAACAUUGAUGCGUCCGGAAUUGGACCAACGGAGCGUGUGGGAAUCGUCAAGAGCCUGCAAUACGAGGACCAGACGGUUUGUUUAUCAUGGUUCAAGACGUCAGGGCACCCAGAUGAGGCUAGGGAGGUCGACUGCGACCAAACUGUCAGUGCUUACGACCUAAAAUUGGACUCUAACCACUCUGCUUACUAUGGUGACAUUGUCAUUCGUGUCCUACCAUCGGGAUCAACAGAUGACGGUGAAAGUGCACCCUUGAUAUUGGGAAACAAGAAGAAAAAUGUCGUUCCCGCCGAUCUUUCAUGGGUGGGGCGGGUAGUUGAACUUCCUAGUGGGCACAUCCAAGUCAAGUGGGGUGAUGGUAGCACGUCAACGGUAUCGCCCGAUGAGAUCGUUGUCGUCAAGGACGAGCACUACAUGGACCUAUUGCUUGAAAUGGGCGACUGGGUAGAGGACGAUGGCAUCGAUGACGCACCCGAAGAACCGGUUGCUGCCAAUACGGACAUUGAUCUUCAGAAUCUAGAUAAUGAUGUCGAAAGCGUCAGCCCGGCAAUGUCAAGGACAAGCCUUUUAGGUUUUCCAUUCCGGUCUUUGCUCCAAUUGACCAGUGACGUGGUAGCUCGAGGUAAAGGAUACCUGAUGAACUGGCGGCCCUCGUCGUUGUCACCAAGCUCAGAGUUACCCGCGCCCGCAAACGAUGAUAGUAUCGGUGGUGCUGCUGCAAUGGGGACCAACGAUGCUGCUGUAGAUUUGACUUGUCACGGUUUUGCCGGGGGGAUGAAGGCUGCGGAUGCUACCUGUUGCUUUCCACGUUUCGAUGUACUGCAGAUGAGCCCUCUGGAUCACCACUACCUUGAGAUUACGGACCAGGAAAUGCAGGGCGCUAGUCGUGGGAAGAGUUGGGCCAAAACAGUGCAAAAGGAAUGGAAAAUUCUGGAGAACGACUUACCAGAAACCAUCUACGUGCGAGCAUUCGAGGACCGCAUGGAUCUGCUUCGGGUGGUGAUGGUGGGUGUGAGCGGGACACCAUACCAUCAUGGCCUUUUCUUCUUCGAUCUGCAGCUACCUCCGUCAUACCCGUCUGCCCCACCGCAAGUGUACUACCACUCCUUCGGCUUACGGCUCAAUCCCAACCUCUAUGAGUCUGGUACGGUGUGCCUCAGCUUGCUAAACACAUUCGGUGGCGAGGGCACCGAGGUCUGGUCCUCGACGACAUCAAACCUCCUCCAAGUCGUUGUCUCCAUCCAGGGCCUUGUCCUCAAUGACCAACCAUACUACAACGAGGCCGGGUAUGGAACAUUGGUCAACAAACCAGAGGGUCGCCGCAAUGCGCUGCCCUACAAUGAGAAUGCUUACCUGCUUACCCUUCGGACAAUGCAACAUCUUUUACGUCGACCACCUCAGGGAUAUGAGGAAUUCGUUAAGGAACACUUCUGCCUUCGGGGAAGGUUUGUGCUCAGGACAUGCAAUGCGUGGUUGCAGGGAAAUAGUGUCGACAAUGCUCAUGACACUGAAGCAAGUAGGAAGCGGUCGUGCUCGGCUGGGUUAAGGCUUGCACUCACCAACGUGGUGCCAAGCCUCAUGACAGCCUUCACAGAGAUCGGAGCCGAGGGAUGCGAAGAGUACCAGUAGCUAUGAAUCAAAUUGCCAUGUGCUGCAACUCACUAGAGAGACGAGUAUGUGAUGGUGAGACCUUUGCUACACCUACAGAUUAGAUUGGAUUAGUUGAAAUGAGG